GAGAUUUGCCCGCGAGAGAAAACAGUCGCCAUUUCUCGAAAAGUAAGAAAGAGCUGAAAGUGUGGCGGACAGUUCGUUCACAUGCGCACAGAAACCAUCCCCGAUAACUCCUGAAGUAAAGACCGCAUCUAAGCUUCCCGUUACCGGCUGUCUUCCCUGGCUGGUGUACAACUAGAUGUGAUAUUCCAGUCGGAGUUUAUGAGGGCGGCAAGUGAGUGAGUGAGGCCUGACAGUACAAACACACUACGUUACGUUGCAGCCUGUAAACUCACUGUUGUUGGUCACUCUCACAGGGGCAUAACUGCAGAACAAACAGCCCUCCUCUGAAAAAUGAUCAUUGAAAACCUCGAUGCCUUGAAGACGUGGCUCUCGAAGACUCUUGAACCCAUAUGUGAUGCUGACCCUUCUGCUCUUGCGAAAUAUGUGGUUGCCUUGGUGAAGAAAGAUAAAUCCGAGAAGGAGUUGAAAGCACUGUGCAUUGACCAGUUGGAUGUAUUUCUUCAGAAAGAAACGCAGAUAUUUGUGGACAAACUUUUUGAAGCUGUGAACGCAAAGAGUUACCUACCUCAACCAGAGCAGCCGACUUCCGCAAGCAGAACUGAAACUCACCAGCGCACAGAGAAAAAUGAAACCAAGAGAGAGGAGCAGCCCAGCCGAGAUGAGGAUCGAGAAAAGAAAUUCUCCAGGAGAAUAAACCACAGUCCUCCGUCUAGCUCCAGAUACAGCCGAGACAGCAGGAGAGUAGACGACCACAAGAAAGAUGACCGUUCCAGGAAGCGAGAGUAUGACCGUAACCCUCCCAGAAGGGAAUCGUACAGGGAACGUUAUAACCGCAGGAGAGAACGCAGUCGUAGUCGCAGCUGGAGUAAGGACCGCACUCGUGACCGGGACAGAGAGCGGGACCGCAGCCGAUCUCGCACACGCAGUCGCUCUAGAAGCAGAGAGCGAGAUUCUGGAAAGCCAAAAUACGAGCACAGUCGUCCAGAAAUUUUGAUUAACACUAUACAAGUGAAUAGGGAAAAUCAAAAUUCAUUUGAGCCAGAGGUGUAUAAUCCUGAAGCCCCCAGCAUGACCUCGCGGCCCAUUUACAGACACAGAGUCAACGCUCAGCGGCCCAAUCUGAUUGGUCUAACCAUGGGAGAAGUGGAUCUGCCCCCUAGAGAGAAAAUGUUAAACAGCAACAGCGCUCGGAUCGUUUUAGAAUCAGACUCCAGGAAGAGAGGAGCAGGAAUGCAUGAUGGAACGAUUCCUGCAAAGAAACCCUGGUUUGAUAAACCAAACUUCAACAAACCAAACCACCACAGCUUUCACAGGAGAGUGCCCUACUCUUCAGCAAACGCCAAACUGGCCAUCCGUCAGAUUCCUCCUGAACUCAACAACAUCAGCAAACUAAACGAGCACUUCAGCAAGUUUGGCACCAUCGUCAAUCUACAGGUGGCAUAUAAUAAUGACCCAGAGGGGGCGCUUAUCCAGUUUGCCUCCCCUGAAGAAGCCAAACGGGCCAUGCAGAGCACAGAGGCAGUGCUCAACAACCGCUUCAUCAGAGUACACUGGCACAGAGAGGACGCGGUGGAGCACACACACACCACUCCACAUCCGAGCAUACAGACAGCCCAGGAGCCUGUGGUGACCACACCGAAACAGUCAGUGAAAGACCGGCUCGGACCCCUGCCCUCAGCCCACCCUGAACCCUCACACGACCCCGGCGGCGCUCCACAGAAUACAACCAAGGCUUCAGUGAAGGAGCGUUUGGGCCUCUCUAAACCAGCUGGCUUUGGAGGAAAGGUCUUUUCCACAUCUACUGGCCUGACUAAGACUGUUUAUAACCCAGCUGCACUGAAAGCUGGCCAGAAGGGAGCGCUAUUCGGGAGCGCCGCUGUCAGCGCAGAAGAUGCCCUGAAAAGGAAACGGGAGGCGAUGAGACUUCAGCACGAUGUUCGGAAAAAGAAACAGGAGAUUUUGGAGAAGCACAUUCAGACUCAGAAGCUGCUGAUAUCUAAGCUGGAGAAGAACAGGUCCAUGAAGGCGGAGGAUAAAGCUCUGAUCAUGCAGACCCUCACCACCUUCACCAACAGCAUCACCAAACUACAGGAGGAGAUGAAAGGACUGUCCAGUACUAAUGCCCUCAAGACCACACUAAAGAGCAAAGCUCAGGCUCAAAAGGAGCUCCUGGACACUGAGUUGGACCUUUAUAAGAAAAUGCAGGCAGGAGAGGACACUGCUGAACUCAAGAUCAAAUACACUCAGCUGCAGUUGGAGGCUGCCAAAAGGGGACUACUGACCCCAGGACGUGGGAGGGGGGCCCACGGCAGGGGUCGGGGGGGCCUGAGGAGCCGAGGACGCGGGAGAGGAGUCCCAACUCACGCUGUGGUGGAUCAUCGACCCCGAGCUUUAGAGAUCGGCGGUUUCACUGAGGCAGAUCGAGUCGACCUGCUGCCACACUUCGCACAAUACGGGGAGAUUGAAGAUUGCCAGAUGGAGGAUUCCAGUCUUAGUGCCAUCAUUACAUACAAAACCCGUGCAGAGGCAGAACGGGCGGCCAUCCACGGUGUUCGGUUAAAUAAUCAGGAGCUGCGCUUGGCCUGGCACAAGCCCACGGCUUCCCUCAACACAACAGACCCGGAUGAAGUUGAACCUGAGGAUGAGGAGUUUCCAGAGGAUUCGUUCGUGGACGAUUCCCUGCUGCAGGACGAUGAUGAAGAGGAAGACGAUAACGAGUCGCGCUCAUGGCGUAGAUGAAGAUGAAGUCGUGUGUCCAGUCCUGCUGCACUGCACCACUCGAGCGCAUCGGAUCUUGAGUUCUGUGUUUUUGAAAUGGUUGUUUUUAAUAAUAUUGAUUUACAUUUCAUUGGCUUUUUUUUUUACUUAUCAAACCUGAGCAGCAAAUAGAAAAUGUUACUCAAAAGGCUGUGAAUUUCAAUUACUGAGAUGUAAGAUAACAUGAAUGAUUUGAUUUCUCGCCGCCAUCGUUUUGUUUCGUAUCGUUUCAAAACAUUGACUAACUUUUGGUGGAUGCAUUGUUUUUCUUUUUUCUUUUCUUUCUUUUUAUGGUCAGUAUGUUGACCCAAAUUUCUUUUCAACAUUUCUGAAAAUAUUACAGAUUGAGACAAAUAUGGGAAAUGUUUCGAUCUCAAAGACAGUAGAGCAUUUUUGGAGCGUUGUUAUAAAACAUGUUGUAUGCUUUCCUUAGUAUAAUCAGCCUGAUGAGGAUGUAGCUUUUUGUGUACAUAUUUUAUGUAUCAAUUUUAAUGGUUUUUGCUUCUGGAUUCAUCUCCUGGCUUUAAUUUUGAAAUGUAAAAAAAAUAAAGAAUUGAAAUGGUCUAGAAAAAAUAUCAGCUGCAAAAAAAAGAAAAGAAAAGAAAAAAUAUUGAGAGCUCUGCUGCAAAAGCAGCAUUGAAAACAAAAAAA